AAUUAACAUAUGCUUAAUUCAACUUUUCAUAGAAGAAUUUUUCAUCUUUAUAAGGUAUUUUAACUCAUUUAGUGUGAAAAGUUAGUUGCAACAGUUCAAAAAUUCAAAAGGUUUUGAAGAACUCCUCAUAAGAAACAUGAGUAUGUCAAUGUCUGGAGAUGGAGAAAUAUUACGGCGGGUGUGGGAGGGCCGGGUGGCCACAUGCAUCAAGCUUGCCGAGGAAGAUCUCAGCUCGUAUGGUGAACCUGACCCGCACUACCUCAUGCUUCCUCGCGUCUCUUACUUCCCACUAGUUCUGGAAAAAGUACGAAAGUCAUUUCAAAGGCAUGUGUCUCCUGAAUUUCGAGAUCAUGAGAUUUGGCUUGAGUUUGAUGGGAUUCCCUUGAAAAUGCAGUACCCCAUAGGCGUUCUUUGUGAUGUACUCAACACUGAAGGUCAAGCCCCAUGGAUGUUACGUCUCCACUUCUCCAGCCCUCCUGCUUCUCUAAUUAGCUUGCCUUGUGGGUAA